CCGCUCUCUCAACAAUAUCGGGAUUUUGAAGCGAAAACAAUGGCUUCGCCGUACGGAGAGGCGUGUUGCUAUCUUGACUAACUACCGGAAUGAUAGCGGCAUCGUUUUAUCUCGUCCGUUUUGCUCUAGCACCUUAUCGGAGAUGUCCCUUUCCUGCUAGGCUCUCAAUGUUUUUCUGGUCCGUGUCCCGGGCCUGGAUGUAGCUGCUACACUGUAGCGGCGGGUUGAGCGGGCAGUAGCUCUCGAAGAGGUGGGGUCUGAAUUUAGGCGGACUUGGGGGCUCAAAACAAGCCCGUAGAGCCACUAGGAGAGGUGCAUAACAUGAAUGUCAGUGAUAAAAUGUUCCGUAUGUGGGCGGAGGAGGCAGCAAGAUCACAGUUUGACUACUAACUUAAUGUUCUUGCUAGUUAGCAUUAGCCAACGGUAGCGGUAACUUGCCCUAGCUAAAGCGAGAAGGCAUACGUAAUUUAACGAUAUCUAAUGCAAGAGCUGCCGAUUAUGGUGCUCCUAUGAAAGCGCUCGGCACCCGAUUUAUUAUGCGUUAAUCACAAACUGUUAUUUGACGUUGGAAAACUGUUUCUUUGCAUUUUGUUGCAGCAGCUAGCAUGUUGCUAACUAUACUAACUGGUCAGUGACGUAACGCUGGUCAUUGUUUUGACAGCACGCAGCAUCUUGGUCGAGGCUGAAAGGGUCUUUAUAAAUAUCUUGCUCCCCUUAUUUUUUUUACCUUGGAUAUUACUGUUAAUAAACAGUGAUCAGAAAGGUUCAUGUUUGGCUAACUGAUGUGACGCAGCUCAUCGUUACCAUGGAGUGAACCAACCGUCAAAUACACUUUGGCUGUAAUUACUGCAGCAUCUCACAUCAGUGUGUCUCUAUUCCGCAGUCGAUUAGUUAAAGCUUCGCUCCUUAUGGUGGUGGUAGUUCUGGCUUAGUUUUUGUUACCAGACAGAAGCAGCUGCAUUGUGUGAAAUCAUGUGGGGUUUUUUCUGUGACUCUCAGUUGUAGGAUGGAUCCAGACGGUGGGGCAGAUUCACAAAAAGCUGUCAGUUUGCAGUGGAAAAGCUACAAACUCGUCCAGGACCCAGCCAUUCGGCGGGUUGCACAGAAAAUCUACAGAUAUGAUGGAGUGCAUUUCAGUGUUCCAGACUCUGGAUUUCCUCCCGUGGGAGAUCUGCGGGACCCUAGACCCCGGAGACUAUGGUCCAGGUAUACAGAACUGUCCCUGCCAGUACCGAAGUUUAAGCUUGAUGAGUUCUAUGUGGGUCCCAUACCCCUCAAGGAGGUGACCUUUGCUAGACUCAAUGACAACAUCAAGGAGCCCUUCCUGGCAGAAAUGUGUGCAAAGUUUGGUGAGGUGGAAGAGAUGGAAAUCCUGUUUCACCCUAAGACCAGAAAGCACUUGGGCCUGGCCAGGGUGUUGUUCACCAGCACCAGAGGAGCCAAGGACACAGUCAAGCAUCUGCACAACACUUCUGUCAUGGGUAACAUAAUUCACGCCCAACUGGAUAUAAAAGGCCAACAGAGGCAGAAGUAUUAUGACCUGAUAGUGAAAGGGUCUUACACUCCUCAGACUGUGCCCCUGGGGGGCAAGGCCUUGACAGACAGGCUUCAGCCUCAGGCCCCAGCACAGCCGCAGCCUGACACGUCAUCAGAAAUCAGGCGGAGGCUCUCCAGUGAGCUUGCAGUUUUGGCAGCAGGGGUCCAGGCCCUCACAUCAGGAAGCAUCACCCCUUGCUCUGCGGAUCCUGGUUUCAGUGAGCAGCGUUUGGACACGCCCCCCUCUUCCCUGGCAGGUCCCUUCACACCUGGAUCCUCUGCUUCAUCUCAAGGUGGUGGAGGAACACCUUACAGCUCCAGAUCUGGGACUCCUUUCUCACAAGACUCGGGCUUCGCUGGCAGCAGGCAUACUGGUUACAACACUGGCACUUUGGGCAGCGGCUACCCCCCCCAGGACAUGCUACCUUCCUCCUCCUCAUCUUCUGCGGUCUCAUCCACUGUCGGAGGAUACAAAGUGUCGCGCUACUCAGAGGAUGCACAGGAACCGGCUGUGUAUCACAGAGGUCGCCCUAUGUAUCCCCCAACCCCAUCAUACCGUCCCAAUGAGCCGCCGUGCUACCCCCCAUACCCAAAUGUUGGAGGGCCUGGGCCACACAUGGCGCACCACUCCUCCAUGCCUCCCCCACCUCUUGCCGCCCAAUAUGAUCAGCCCCCAAUGUCUGACAGGGACCGUGACAGAGACAGAGACAGAGACUCAGGGGGGCGCUAUGGGCCAGCAGGGAUCGGCUCCAGAAGGUCAUCUUACCACCACCAGCAAGACACAAACUCUUCCACGAAGUACCAUUCACAUCACUCCCAUCACCACUCAGAACGCAGGGAUGACAGGGGGUACCGGCGAGACAGCCUUGGCUCCCGAUCAGGUGAACACAGCCACCAGAGACACCGCAACCACCACCAUACUCAUAACCACCAUGGCAGCAGCAGCCGCAGAAGGAGCAGCCAUGACCGGGACAGGGACCGAGACAGAGAUCGAGACAGAGACCGAGAUAGAGACAGGGACAGAGACAGUGACUACUCCAACAGCUCUGAUCCCAGAUACAAUUCCAACUCCUACCGCUCUUCCUCUAACAGCAUGUCUCCUCCCCCCUCAUCUUACUCUGCAUACUCCUCCUCCAAAGAGCCCACCUCAGCCCCUCCUCAGGGAUUGGACACUUCUACCCGUCUAGCGGGCACAAGCCUAGCAGAGAGGGGCUCUCUGCCUUCGGCUGGUGCUGACAAGGACUACCACACUGGUCAUCACAGUGCUCUGCCUCCACCUCCUCCACCGCCACCACCACCUCUCCCACCAGCCUCAGUCAUCGCAGCAGCUGUAGCUGAGACACUGGACUUCAACCAGGAUAGUCCAGCUCGCGAAGAGCAGUGGACAAAGCCCAAACGCCGUCCCAGCACCCCACCUGCACCACCGAAGACGCCCCCGCCUUCCUCGCCACCCCACCCUCCCAUAGCUUCCUCCUCCACCUCCCCUUCCUCUACCUCCCUCCCCCACCAUCUUCCCUCCUCAUCCGGCUCACCACCGCCCCCUCAACGUGACUCCUCCUCCCCAGAGCCAGACUCUACCAACGAGAGUUUACCGUUCGUCUACCACAGCAGCAGCCUCGACUCUCGUAUUGAGAUGCUCCUAAAGGAACAAAAGGCUAAGUUUUCUUUCCUUGCCUCUGAUGAGGAAGAUGAGGAAGAUAGGAAAGAGGAGAAGCAGAGGGGCAUACGUGGGGACGGAGGAGAGCGUAGAGGCGGCUCAAGUGAUGCAACAGGGGAACACACAAGUGGUAAUCAGGUGGGAGACAAUGCGGAGAAGGACCACAGGAGGAAAGGGGAAAGAGACAGAGAUGGUCACAGAGGAAGGAAACGAGGUAAGGGGGGAGAAGGUAGAAAGAGUCCCACUGUAAUUACAGCAACCAUACCAUCCUCGUCCACCUACUCUUCCCACAUCCUGCCUCCAGAGGAACCCCAGCCUCAGGUUGGCCUCACUGGGACUGCAGCGCUGCAGGAGGAAUCUUCACAGGCUGGAUCUGCUGAUACACAGAGCAGGACAGGAGCACACACACCACCUUACAAUGGGCAGAGCCAGUCCUCCCCUCAUUCCUCAGGGGAAGACAUGGAGAUCUCAGACGAGGAGGAGACGGAGACUACCAUAACAACGGUGACCACCCACCAACCCUCGGUCACCUCCUGUUCGUCACCCUCUUCAUCCCAGGCGGCCAUGCCUUCACAAACAACGGACCCCUCAUCUUCACCCCCACCCAUCUCUGACUCUUCACAGCACUUUGGCACCUCAAUGCACCCUCCCAUACCUUCCUACCCUCCUCAUUUGCCUCCUCCACCUCCCCCUGGUUACUCCCUCCAGCCCCCACCUCCCCCUGGGAUCCCUCCGCUGCCCCACAUGGAGCUGCACCCAGAGUAUCCUCCUCCCAUGCCCCACCACAUGUAUGACUAUGCCACGUCCAUGGAGCUGAUGAACCAGUACAGCGGUGGCGCUCCUAUGUCUUUCCAAAUGCAGACCCACAUGCUAAGUCGCCUACACCAGCUGCGAUUGUCGUCAUCCAACGGCACUCCAGGCCCUGGUGAGGCGGCCACUGCGGAUUACACCUCCUACCAUCUCCACUCUAUGCCGCCACCCCACACACACCACCCCUACAUGGACCAAGAGGGAAGCGGGGCGGGUGCUCAUUAUGAUCAGGACCACCGCUACAUGCCCCCCCACAUGUCCUAUCCCUACCCUGACCCCCACAGUACUCAGAUACCACCCCCUCCGCACCAUGGCAUCCCCCCUCCCCAUUCUGGCUGGCCGCCACACGUCUUACCACCACACUACCCCUCUUACAUGCCCCCACCUGGCUACAGCACCAUGCUGCCUGGUGAGGCAGACGAGUACAGGGCUCCAGGGCAGGAGAUGCCCAUGUUGGCAGAAAAUCCACAUGAAGCCACGGUGCAAAUGGCCCUGGCCACUCUGAUCCAGGAAAUGAAAAACAUCAUGCAGAGGGACCUGAACCGCAAAAUGGUGGAGAACGUUGCCUUUGCGACUUUUGACGAGUGGUGGGAGAGGAAAGAGACCAAGGCCAAGCCUUUCCAGACAAUAAUUAGAGGAGUGGCUGGCUUACGGGAUGAUGAGAAAAAAGAGGAAAAGGUCAAUCGUCCUCGGGAGCCUCUCACGUCUCUUGUGGAUUGGGCAAAGAGCGGUGGCGUGGAGGGAUUCUCUCUCCGAGGAGCACUACGACUGCCUUCCUUCAAGGUGAAGAGGAAAGAUCCUCAGGAGCUUGACGAGGAAGACAUGAAAAGGCCGCGACCCUCAACCCCACCAGACGAGGAUGACGAAGCUGCUGAGGGCAGAAUUCAAGAGACAAGCAGAGUUGAAAGGGACAACAAGAGGAGGAAAAAGAAGCCCAGAAAUCGUAAACCUUGGGAGCUUGACAGUGAGGGAGAGGAAACGUCUGACGGCUCCUCCACCGAAAAGGAGGAUGAAGAGGAAAGUGAAAAGGAGUCUGAUGAUGAGGCCCUUAGUGCUGAUAGUGAUGAUGAGAGCCUGUCUUCAUCCUCUGAGGGCUCUUCCUCUUCAGCAUCCUCAUCUUCCUCUUCCUCUGAAGAUGAGGAUGAAGAGGAAGGAGAGAGGGCUGAGAGUGAAGGGCUGGACACCCUGGAUGAGUCGACCAUGGACAGCACAACAGAGAAAGGGGAAAAUAACGCAGUGGCUGUUCUAAAGGCAGAGGUCAAAACAGGUGAAGUCAAGGACAGCAAGGCAGAUACAACAGCAGCACCUACCAAGCGUCCCCCGUCGCCCCCAUACCCGCGUCCUUUGUCCCCUGUUGUUCUUGUGCCCCCUCUCAAGAAGCGCAGGAAGACUGUCUCGUUCUCUACAGGCGAGAACGACGGCAAAACGCAGCUGCCUACUGCACCGCUGUCUCCAUCUUCCUCCCAGCCGGCGGGUGAAUCUCCCCUCCUUUCCCCUGCCAGGCCGCCAGACUCUCCCAUCACUGCUUCCCCAUCCCCCUCAGCUCGUCCCACUCAGGGCAUCCAACUGCUCCCCUUUGCCUCCAAACCAGGUGAAGGCAACGCCCUCAUCGUGCCCCCACCUGGACGAACGCAAGAUUCUGAAGAGUCCAAAAAGGGACUACCUGUUUCUUCUCAGACCACCCCUGUCAAAUCCCCUGGGAAACGAAGUGCAGGCAAAGACUCCCCCAAAUCUCCCGUCCCUCCUGUUAUGGUGUGUCGCACUGUGCAGAAUCUGCCGUUGGACCAUGCCUCUAUGUGCAGGAUGGCCUUCGAGGAGGCUCCUCCACCACCUGCCGUCAUCAAAAGGAACAGAGGCAGGCCUCGGACAACCAGCUGGUCCGCUUCUUCCUGUCAGUCCCUCAGAGAGGAAGACGAGGAUGAGGAAGAAAGUGAGCAGAGGUUAAGACUCAGAGAGCAGCUAGGGGCAUCGACCCUACUGCAGCUGGCUUCAGCUUCAACCACUGACCUGUCAGUGUUGGCUGAUGUGGCCCUGAAAAUGGACCCUGACGCUGGGGACUCAGAGGAGACGGAGACAUCUGACGAGGCAGAAGAGCAGAAGAUGGAAGAGGAUCUCUUCUCAUCGGAGUCACUGGCUCUAGUUAUGAGCCCAGAAGUUGUAAUUGUCCUCAUGGAGCACAACUACUGCAAACCCCCUGUUCUCACAGUACCAUCUGGUACCAAAAGGACUUCCUCCAAACAAGACUCUUCGGUCUUGCUGCCAGCAGACCUCAAUACUAUUUCUGGAGUGCUUGAAGCCCCAGAGGAGGUAAUUGGAGAGGCACUCCCAUCCAGAGGAGAUACAGGAGAAAGCUUAUCUUCAAUGGAAGUACUUUGUGAUUCUGAGGAUGCAGGACAGGCUGCAGCUCCUUCACCAAAGAAGAAGGUCAUGCUUGGCAAAGGUUUAGAACUUGAAAAGGACAAGAGUAAAAAGAGGAGAAGAAAAGACAAAGAGAACCUUGAGGUUAAUCAACACACGAAACAGAAGGAGCAGCCAGGCAAGAAACAGAGGAAGCGGAAACUAGAGGACUCUGAGGAAGAUGUGGACGUGGAGGAGCUUGAGUCUGGGGAACUGUCCAGCUCCGACACAGAAGACGAGAUUGUGGAAGACGUUAGGAAGAGUGAGCGUCUCUUUCUGCAGGAGGCAGGGAUAACAUCAUCUCAGCGCUGGCCAAAACCUGUCCCAUUACCUGAGCUAUCGGCCGUGAAGUUUGACAACCGCAGUGAGUUUGAGCAGAUGACCAUCCUGUACGACAUCUGGAACUCUGGUCUGGACGGCGAAGACCUCAAUUUGCUUCGGAAGACUUAUGAGAAGCUCCUACAGGACAACCACAGCUCUGACUGGCUCAAUGAUACUCACUGGGUCACCCACACAAUAACCAAUUUGCCGAACCCUCGGCGUAAGAAGAAGAACGCAGGUGGACAGCUCCGUGAGCAUGUGACUGGAUGUGCCAGGAGUGAGGGCUAUUACGCCAUCAGCCGCAAGGAGAAGGACGUCUAUCUGGAUCUGGACUUGCCCGAGCAGGUCAUACGGGAGGUGGAGAAUGUCGACAGCUCGGGAGCUAACCGUUUGCUGUCAGAGAGGCGUUCAGAGCAGCGCCGCCUCCUCACUGUUAUCGGGGCCACGGCUGUCAUGGACUCUGACCUGCUCAAACUCAACCAGCUAAAGUUCCGCAAGAAGAAGCUUCGUUUUGGACGCAGCAGGAUCCACGAGUGGGGCCUGUUCGCCAUGGAGCCCAUUGCUGCUGAUGAGAUGGUCAUUGAGUAUGUGGGUCAAAACAUCAGACAGAUGGUGGCUGACAAUCGAGAGAAGCGGUACGCACAGCAGGGCAUCGGGAGCAGCUACUUGUUCAGAGUGGACCACGACACAAUUAUCGAUGCCACCAAGUGUGGAAACCUGGCGAGAUUCAUUAACCACUGCUGCACUCCAAACUGUUACGCCAAGGUCAUCACCAUAGAAUCCCAGAAAAAGAUUGUGAUUUACUCGAAGCAGGCCAUUGCUGUCAAUGAAGAGAUCACUUACGACUACAAAUUCCCCCUGGAGGAGAACAAGAUUCCCUGCCUGUGUGGAACAGAGAACUGCCGUGGGACACUGAACUAGUGAACGAGCUUCUCUUCCUCACUUGCCGACGGAAAGCCUACCCGGCAGACACCCACCCGGUUCACCCUCCUCAGAGGGUACAUUGAAACAAAGCCACCUCCGAUCCCCACCCCGUCCUCACAAUACCCAGGAAACAGAGACACACACACUUGCACUUUUCAUGCACACUUUUCAUUCACUAGGCAGUUUCACAAGCCAGUGUGUGAGAGGGUUGUGUCACCUGGCAUGUGAACACAAUGAGGGGGGCCUUUGCUUCCGCAUUAGCUCUUCAGUGGCAGUAUUGUUGGACUUGAUUGGUUAAUAUGUUGUUAAGUUGCGAGGUUUAUUGCAGCCAGGCGUGAAAGGUCUUUCUAUUUCCAUAACAAUGUCCGUUUAAAGGAAAACAAUAAAAACUGAAAAGAACAUGAGCAUUGGACGUCUACGCCAGCUCAUACAAUAUACAGCCUGGAUCAACUCUUCCAGGGUCAAAGCCCUCCCUGCACCCGCCCAUCCACACAGAUCCGCACACAGACGCACAGGAAUAUCUGACAAAUUCAGGGUUUUUAAAAAGCGCUUGUUAAGGGCGCACUUUUAAGAUGACAAACUUCAAUUUGGUCUUCAGUUAUGCAAGAUUUCCAAGUGUGAAGAUUGUUUUGGAGCUUCUUUUUUUAAAUUUCAUUUCAUAGUAUUAUAUAAUAAUAUUACUAUUGCUGUUAUUAAUGGUAUUGUUAUUUAGUUGCAUUAGCUGUAAGUGUCUUACAGUGAAAUGAGCUUCAGUGUACCCACCCACAGUCCGUAGUGAUUCACCAGCCUCAUAAACAGUAAUUUCCCUUCUCCACUGUGUGUUUACUCCUGAUUUUGCCACAACUUUCUGUCUGGAUGAGAGUAAAGUCCUUUUGAACUAUUGUUUUUAACCCACCAUGAAAAAUAUGUCCGUUGUAGCUAAAAGUGUGUUUUAAUUUUUACAUGGCUGCUGAAUUUUUUGUCUGCAGGAUCAGCACAACAGAGAAUUGUCCAUGUUUUUUUUUUCUUCUUUUUUUCCACCCCCCAAAGUUAAAGCUAUGUUAACAAAAGGUUUUGUGAUGAGAACUUGUUAAGUGUAUGUUUGGUAGGAUCUCUUCGUCUGUUUGUCUAUGUUUAGUUCCAUGGAAACAAAUGUCAAUUUCUACAGUUGGCAGGUUCAUUUUCCCUCAGCUUUUAAAGCAAUCUUUACCAUCAAAUACUCACCCAUCGUAGUAAAAAUGUGUGGUCAGUGUUUAACUUAGUCAAUCUGUGUGCUUCACUUGUUUUUAAAAGGCACAUUCAUUUGGACCCUUCUGAGGAUCACUUCUGUAAAGUUCUUUUUUCUCCUGUUUAUCCAGAAUGCAUUAGUAUGUUUAUUUUUUUAUUUCAGUGUGGAAUCAUUUGCCCCAAACAAAACAUCCCUGAGAAAUGUUUCAACUUAAUGCAAACAAAUGUCCUGCUGACAAUCUGUUUGCAGUGUAGAUGGGUGGAAGGUAUAAAUGGAUACGCCACAGCGGGUUUGUGAUACUCUGCAGACAGCAGGAUGUAUAUGGCCCUUGUGUUGUCUCUGUUUUUCAUAUGGCCAUGGCCGUCCAAAGUUUAACUUUUUCGUUUUUAACUUUUAACUAGCAGAAUUCUCUUUAUUAUGUUCCCACCUAAACAGGAAAAAUGUGUAAGAUAUUUCUUGUUGCAACGAGAGCCUUUCAGUACCAACCCACUCUCUGUACUACAGGACAAAAAAAUGAAAGGAGAAAAAAAAUCAAAGAAGUACAUGUAAAUAUUGUAGAGGUGUUUGUUUCUCGUAGAAACACACUGAUUUCAAGCUGUAAAUAUGUUGUUCCUUUUCCUCUCUCCAUGAGGAGGAAACAUGUACAUACCUUCCAUUCAUUUAUUUUUUAUUGUUUUUCCUUUUAAUUUGAUGAUUAUUU